AUGAAAGAAGCUAAGCCGACUCCAAACCUUCCUGUUUUCAUCAAUGCGGAAGAUUUCUUGGAUUCUUUGCCUCCUGGUUAUUGCUUCAAGCCACGGGAUGAUGAACUUAUUGUUCAUUAUUUGCGGAGGAGAGUCUGCAACAAACCAUUGCCACCCAAUAGGAUCAAGGAGGUUGAGCUCUACAAGUACAGUCCUGAUGAUCUAACACAAGCUGAUAAUGCGUCGUCCCAAAAAGUGUCUGAAUGGUAUUUUUUCACACCUAGAGAUCGUAAAUAUGUCAAUGGUUCUAGACCAAGUCGAACAGCUGGUGAUGGUUUCUGGAAGGCCACUGGAUCAGAUACGUCUGUCAUGUUUAAAGGAAAUAUUGUCGGGUUUAAGAAGACGUUAGUUUACUACUACGGGAAACCACCCAAGGGUGAGAAGACCAACUGGAUAAUGCAUGAAUACGUUUUAAGCAAUCCUCCGGCAAGACAAAGAGCUGGCAAAGAUGAUAUGCGGCUUGAUGAUUGGGUAUUGUGCAGACUUCAUAAUAGGAACGAUACCAAAGUUGGAGCUACUCAACAGGCUACUGAUCAAAAACAGGAGGAAGAAAAUUAUGCAAUUGUAGCAGCUCAAACUGAAAUCCUGGAGCAACAAUAUGAUGAGAAUAUCCUUCCACUUCAAAUUGAAAUUCCAGUAGCUCAAGCUGAAAUCCUGGAGCAACAAUAUGGGAAAAUCCUUCCACCUCAAACUGAACAGGUUCAAGUUCAGGAUUUCAAUUUGCUGCUGCCACAACAAACUUGUUCAAUGCCUCUUUACAAUCCAUAUGAUGAUUCAACUUCUGGAUUUACAAGUUUUCCUGAAUCUUUACAUCCUAUGCUGGAAUAUCACUCUACAAUGUUUCCUCAGCAGGAUGUGUCUGUUUAUGGAAAUAUUAUAACAACGGUUGCACCAAUAGCAACAAUUCCUCCUCCUCAGUUCCAACAUUCGGUGGGCCAUGAUCCUUUGAACAUGCAUCAGCAGCAGCAAUUUUCAAGUGUCCCAAACAUCCAUGAUCCUUUGAAUAUGCAUCAGCAGCAGCAGCAAUUUCCAAGUGCCCCAAACAUCCAUGAUCCUUUGAACAUGUCAUCAGCAGCAACAGCAAUUUUCAAGUGCUCCAAACAUCCAUGA